AUGAACAGGAGCCUGAAGAUCUUCGUCUACCCUCAUCGGAGAAAUGAGUCCUUCGCCCACGCCCUCCUGCCCGUGGACUUUGAGCCGUCGGGGAACUACGCCAGUGAGGGCUACUUCUUCAAGACCCUCGUGAGGAGCCACUUCAUCACGGAUGACCCCUCGGAGGCUGACUUUUUCUUCCUCCCCUUCUCGAUCACGGCGCUGAGGAACGACCCGAAAGUCAGCGUCGGCGGGAUCCCCGACUUCGUCCAGCGGUACGUCUCCGAGAUCCGGCGGCGGUACCCCUUCUGGGAUAGCAGCGGCGGCGCUGAUCAUUUCUACGUCGCCUGCCACUCCACGGGAAGAUCCGCCAUGAGCAAGACCCCGGAGGUGACUGUCAACGCCAUCCAGGUGGUCUGCUCGGCGAGCUACUUCCUGCCCGGGUACGUGGCGCACAAGGACGUCUCGAUGCCCCAGAUCUGGCCCAGGAAAGGAGCCCCUCCCGAGGUUCGCUCCACGCAGAGGUAAUCUUCAACUGUCCGUCCACCGUCCUCACCCAACAAGUCAACUACUCCCACCUGUCUCCUUUCUCUCCCACCUAAAAAUGGAUCAUUUUUUUCUUUUUUCCUUCCCAGAAAUAGCAAACUGUUCAUGUUUAUAGUUUACCGGCUUCAGGCAUGUCUUCUUAUCUUGGGACCUCCAUUUUUCUUACCAUAAAUGUGAGGUGAUAGCAGGAGCAAGCUGGCCUUCUUCGCGGGGGCGAUGAACUCCCGGGUCCGACAGCAGCUCCUCGUUUCCUGGGUCAACGACUCCGAGAUCUUCGUCAACCGUGGCCGCCUCCCGACUCCAUACUCGGAAGCUCUCCUCAGCAGCAAGUUCUGCCUCCACGCGAAGGGCUUCGAAGUCAACACCGCCAGGAUCGGCGACGCCGUCUUCUACGGCUGCGUCCCCGUCGUCCUCGCUGACCAAUACGAGCUCCCCUUCUCCGACAUCCUCGACUGGCGGCGCUUCGCCGUCGUCGUCGCCACCGUUGACAUUCCGCUUCUGAAGGAGAUCCUCCACGGGAUCUCCCCGGAGGAGUACGAAGCCCUUCAUGGCAAUCUCCUGAAAGUUCGGAAGCACUUCCAGUGGCACCUCCCUGCGCGAGACUACGACGUCUUCCACAUGGUCAUGUACGAGCUGUGGCGCCGGCGGGGAGCCGUGAGUCUCCCUCUCCCCGCCACCGCCGCCGACGCCUAG